UGGGACAUUUCGGCCCAUUUAGGCAUUUUAGAUUCAUUUCUUUAGGGCUUGGGUUUUCUUUCCAGCUUCAAAUUUCAGUGCCAUUGACAAGAACUCGAUCACCCGGUGACUUCUUUUCACUCCGCCUGCCCUACUGAUUAUACAGCGAUUCACAGUAGUAUCUAACCAAAUCCAAGUUUUCCUUUCAAUUCAAAAUGAGGAAUUUGCGAUUUAUAUCUCCGCAUUUAUCAAGGUUCCGCAAAACCCUCUUUCAAAACCCUACAAGAUCACUACCCAAAACCUAUGUUUUCACUCGUCACUUCACUUCCACUUGUCAAGAAUCUAGCCCACCUGUUCCAUCGGAGAAACUCUCGGCCCUCGUCGAUGAAAUCUCCCAACUAACGCUUCUCGAAAUCUCUGACCUAACCGAGGUCCUUCGAAACAAGUUAGAUAUCAAGGAGAUGCCGGUAAUGGCUGUAAUGAUGCCCGGAAUGGGGUUCAGUGGCAUGAAGGGCGUUUCCAAGGGAGGGGCAGGUGCCGCUUCCAAGGGAGAGGAGAAGGUGGAGAAAACGGUGUUCGAUGUGAAGCUUGAAGGGUUUGAUGCCGCCGCGAAGAUCAAGGUCAUUAAGGAAGUUAGAGGGUUUACAGAUUUGGGGCUGAAGGAGGCGAAGGACUUGGUGGAGAAGGCUCCCACGCUGUUGAAGAAAGGAGUAACGAAAGAGGAGGCUGAGAAAAUUAUGGAGAAAAUGAAAGGGGUUGGCGCCAAAGUCAGCAUGGAGUGAGGAAAAUUCAGCAACUGUGGAGAGGGAUUCACUUAGACCUAGUGGCGACUCAUAUCUAUCUGAUUCAAGCACUUUCUUUCAGACAAGGAAUAAGGAUUAGAAAAUUCUCAUUCGUAGUAGCUUUUAAAAGAGUAGAUGAUGAGAAGACUCUUUGUGCUCUGUAAGUUUUCUUCAGUGAUUGUUAAGACCAUUAUUCAGAAACAGAGAACAUAAAUUGUUGGAUAAGUGAGGAUUAGAGAUUGUCAACUAUUUUCAUGUUGUUUAUUUCACUCCUUGAGCUACAUCUGCAAACUGACUAUUUGCUAUAAUUAAUGGGAAGUGUCGUAAUGUUGAAGGCAGCAAAAAUUGUGCAAUAACAAAGUAACCAUCUUUGUGUUUAGCAGAGAAAAAAGAAGUAACUAUACAAAAAGCAAACAAUGCUGUGUCCUGGAUGGCGUGGUAUCUAUGGAAGGAAUGACAGAAUGGAUGUUGGGCCCUAGUUAUAAGAUACUUUGUUGUCCUUCACUUGAUAGAUAGUUUUAGUUCACCUUGAAAAUAAUUUAGAAAUUGUAGAAAUUUGGGUUCUUGCAUUCUUAGUUCAUGAAAAGAUUUUCUCACAGCGUCAAUUGAGGUGUUUGGGAGAACCAUAAAGCCAAGGAGUUGGAUACUAGACAUAAUGUGGUGAUGGAAAUUGUUACUUAGAUAACAAUGAAAAACCUGACAUGUACUACAGUUUCAAGGGGGGGAAAGAUUCAGCAUAAAUGUGAAGGUUCAUUAGUUGUUAGCAUUCUCUUCAGAGGCUCUAUGUUCUCCUGCUGUUUCUAUUUGUUGUGCAUGUUUGAAAGUCAGGAACAGUAUUGUCCUAAAAGUUGGGGGAAAACAUUAAGAGGGGGUCUUUGGUUAUUAAAUUCAUUGCAAAAACAGCUCAAUAGCUGGAGUCCCCGAUUGAAUACUCAUUUGCAGAGCAAAUUUGAGCUGUUACAAUUAAUUUUAAUGUAUCAUUGAAAUAAUAUUACCAACUCCAUUUUUAUUCUGGAAUCAGGCAUUAUGCUAUGUGUAUAGUUAAUUACCUUUUAAUGUCUUUUUUCUUUU